AGCCAACUAGUCAGACCAUCGAAUGCGUAUUUUCGACUGCGGACGAUUUCGAGUCACUCGGAGUUAACGUUAACUGUUAUUUUUAGUUAAAAAUUGCAUCCGAUAAGUCGGGAACGCGAGUCAUAAUCCGCGACUAUGUGGUGUAUGGGGACAAGCAUCCAAGAGAUAAAAAUCUGAGAAAUCGGGCGAAGUACUCAACUCCAACUCACUACAACAUAUAUGCAUACAAUAGCAGUAGAUUAAGUUUACUAACGGUAGUUCAGUGAUUGCCAACUGUGAGUGGGAAAGGGACAAAGGAUAACGAAGAAGGAUGGCAUUGCCGAAGAAAAUUAAAUGUUUUAAAUAUUUGGUUUACAGUUAUGUGGUGCUCUUAGCGUUAACCGGAGCUGCGCAGAUAUUUUUGGGCACAUCCCUGCUCUGGGGGCACUCGGUCUACUAUGGAAUUGUGCAGAACAAGUUAUGGGCCCCAGCAGCAAUCCUCCUUUGCCUGGGACCCGUCACCUUCAUCCUGUGCUGGAUGGGUUGCCAGGCCACCAAUCAACGAAAGCGCUGCCUUCUGGGAAUGUUUGCUGCCCUUUUAGUGGCCUGCAUCUGUGUUCAGUUCAUCAUCUGCGGCUGGUCUUUGGCCAUGAGGGAGAAUCUGCCCACCUCUGUAGAGAUCUUCAUCGACGACUCCUUUGUCGAGUUCUUGGACAAAUUUUCGCGCACCAAGGUGGAUAACCUACAUUUGUGGAAUAGGAUGCAAUCUCAGUUGCAAUGCUGCGGAGUGGACGGCCCUCUUGAUUACCGCCGACUUUCGCUGCCCUGGUCCUGCUGCUCGCGUCCUGAGCACGCCUACGAGUCAGCAUGUGAUACACACUACAAGCGCGGAUGCCUGGCAGUCGUCUCGGAGCAGAUUAGAAACCGCUUGCUGAUUACCGCCUUCGGAGCUGCCAUUAUAGCCAUAUUCCAGAGCCUGGGAAUCUUCUGUGCUGUCCACCUGACCAUUCUGUUCGGAAAGAACGACAACACCCAUCCAAUAAACAUGAAUCGGAAAAAAAAGCAGCAACAAUUCUUGCCCCUUACCAUACAGGACAAGCGGCACGACAUGCCCUCGCCCAUUAAUUUAUCCCCUUCAGCACCCGGGCAGCGGGUUUUAAAAACUGCUCUGCCCUCGGCCAUGCACAAAUGACAGACGAUUAGCUUUUAAGAUUGCAAAAAUUUAUGGAAACUCGAAAAAAAGUAUAAAAAAAAUGUUGUAAACUGAGAUGGAAUGAAUAUAACUGUGACCCUCAAUGUUACGUUAUGGUAAUUUUAAACAAUUUAACGUUCGAGAAAAGAAACAACAUUUGAAUUUGGAUUAACUCUCCAGUAGUUUAAUUAAAGCUUAAAAACAAUUGGA